GUGCGAUGGAAGCAGCCAAAACAGGAUUUCUGUCGCAAUCCCUACAACGUGACUGGGCUUUGCAACAAGGCGGCAUGUCCUUUGGCAAACAGCCAGUAUGCCACCAUUCUGGAAGACGAGGGCGUGAACUACCUCUACAUGAAAACGGUGGAGAGAGCCCACUCGCCCAAGAAUCUGUGGGAGAGAGUCAAGCUUUCCAGGAACUAUCUCCAGGCCCUGGAGCAGAUCAACAAGCACCUGGAGUACUGGCCAGCUGGCAUUAUCAACCGCUGCAAACAGCGGCUGACGAAGAUGCGACAGAUGCUGAUUCGGAUGCGCAAGCUGGCGCUGAAAGGUGGCAGCAAGUUGGUACCCAUCAAGAAGAAGACCGAACGGCGUGAAGCGACCCGGGAGCUCAAGGCCGAGACCGCCGCGAAAGUGGACCUGGCCAUCGAGCGGGAGCUCCUGGAGCGCCUGAAGCAGGGCACCUACGGUGAUAUCUACAACUUUCCCAAGAAGCAGUUCGACAGUAUCAUGGAGAAGGACGGAGAAGCGGAGAAGGAGGUCCAGGAGGGUGACGAGAGCGACAUGGAGUUUGUGGAGGAUUUCGGAGAGGACGACGAGGAGGAGUGGGAGGACCUUGAUAACAAGGUUGAAGAAGUCGAGCUUGAGGAUGAUCUGGGCAUGGCUGACAUGGAGGAUGUUGCACUGCCAGCGCGGAAGAAGAGGCGGGCGAGAGGGCCUCGGGUGGAGUUGGAGUACGAGGAGGAGAUGGACGCAAGGUAG